AUGGAAAAUCCACACAACCUAGACCGAGCUAAGAUGUCUGCUACUAUCAACAUCAACAGAAUCAGUAUUUACAGUCUACUCAACGUGGACCAGUCUAUGAUAUCCGACGCCUCGAACGUCAACAGAAUCAUGGCCGCUCUACCCAACGCUGGCCAAUUUAUGAUAUCUGAUCUUCCAAUAGACUUAAAAAAAGAUUCCGGAAUGGACAAGGAGAGCAUGACUUCCCCGACAACCAAGCAAGCUCUGAUUCCGCCACAGUUCGCUGCCUCUGCCGGCAAAAGGGGCAUUAAAGCCAAGAAACAUCGCUGUCCGGAGUGUGUGAACCGCUUCACCACCAAAGAUGUUCUAAAUGUGCAUAUUCGCAGCGUCCAUAGACGCAAAAGGAACCACAUAUGCGGGAAGUGUGGUUAUGCCUUCUUCGCCAAAUCAGAACUCAAGAGACAUCUACGACGGAAGACCCCCUGCCAGCCAGCUAUAUCCAAAUCUGGCGAGAUCACCGAUGAUACCUCAACGACGAUGGAGAUAUCCAAUUUCAGAAUGGAAAUGAACCUCGAAUCCCUUGGGGAUCUGGAUAUGGGCGGGGAGGAAACAGCACCCUUGCCUCCUCUGCCAUUACCAGGGAAAUACAAUUUCGAAACGAGCCAGGAAUACAUCGACCUGGAAACCCCAAUGCCGAUUGUAGCAGGCUCUGGAAAAGGUCCAAGUAUGUUUCUCAAUGACAUUGACAGUGACGACCAGGCACCGCCAUCUCCCUACCAGUCUGCACUGGAAAAUGUCCAAACUCAAACGCAGAUUCAGUCUCAAGCGCACCUCAACCUCCAAUUAGUAUUUGAGGGCUGGCUAGAAGAAGAAAGUCAAGUGCCGCCUUCGAGCCCCCGGGAAAUUAUGGAUAGGUUAUUCCAAGUGGGCUUCAAGCAGCUGGAUCUUGACGACUUAGAGGGAGCCGAAAACGAAUCGGAAACGGAAGUCGGACGAGAAGGUGAAGAAACCUCCCAAGUUUAUCCCGAACCCAGAGUCAUCAAAGGAAAAUUUGAGUGUCAUGUGUGUAAGCGGGCUUUCUCUUACCGCGGAAACUUACAUCAACACCUCAAUGGUGGGCAUACUCCUCAUCAUUGUGCAGUGGAAGGUUGUAUUGAGGCGUUCAGGUUGGAGUCAGAACUCAGGGCCCAUAUAAUGGAAAUACACUACGGUAUGGAGAACACAUAUGCCUGGAGUGUAAGCGUUCAUUCUUCGUCGAACUCAAUUGCGGCAGACACAUGA